CAGUUUGACAGAUGUUGGUUCAGUAGGAUCACCAUUCAAUGCCAAACAUCGCAGGAGGGAGUGCGGGUUGUUUGUGGAUUACUCUGCAGCACAGGAGCGAAACAUGUCGGGAGAAAAAGGGACGAACCCGUGCAACAAAUUUCAAGCCAACAUCUUUAAUAAAAGUAAAUGUCAAAACUGCUUCAAGUCCCGCGAGCUGCAUCUGCUGAACGACCAUGACAUGGAGCAGGCAAAACCCGUCUAUGGAGGCUGGCUGUGUUUGGCGCCUGAGGGAACAGAUUUUGCCAACCCGAUGCAGAGGUCGCGGAAAUGGCAGCGCCGCUUCUUUAUUCUGUAUGAAGACGGCAGCCUGAGCUUCGCCCUGGAUGAACUGCCGAGCACUUUGCCUCAGGGGACGGUGAACCUGAAUCUGUGUACAAACAUCGCCGAUGCAGAGCCCAGGACGGGACAGAGGAACGCACUCGGCAUUGUCACUCCAGCACAGGAAAUAUUCAUCCGCGGUGACAAUAAAGAGAUUAUUAAUGGGUGGAGUGAUCAGCUCACCGUCUAUCUACGGACUAACAAGCCGAAUCAGAAGAAGAAACGCAAAGUGGAACCGGUUGCCACCCAGGAACCUAGUCCAGCAAAGAUGGCUGCAACUGAUCCAAGUCUACCGUCCUCUGAGAACGCUGCAGAGUCCGCUCGGUGGCAGGAAGACCAGCAGCAGGGCGUGGGAGCGGGUGAAACCCCCGUGUGGACUCUCCCAGACUCGGAUCCCCUGGAGAAGACCCCUGCAGGCAACGGCUACCUGUGCCCAGUCUCCUUGGACUUGGUGAGCAGUGGAAACACAGAGCCUGGCAGUACCAGCCAGCAGUCUGAGUCAAACAACAUCCAAACAUCAGCGAACAACAAGAACCAGAGCCAGGACAAAAGCCAUGGCAGGUCAACAGAAAGGCUGCUGGGAUUGGAGGCCAGCGAGAAAGAAGGAGCGAGGACAGCUGUUUCCAGGACGGGAAGGAGUGAAGCUCGCAGCAACCACCGAGAGAAGCUCCAGUCAUGUGGAGACAUCACCCAGCUCACCGCACCUCCACCCCAGAGAAGAGCCAAGUCUCUGGACCGCAGGACGUCCGACACCAUCAUGACGCCAGAUUUAUUGAACUUCAAAAAGGGUUGGAUGGUCAAACUGGAUGUAAAUGGGCAGUGGAAGAAAUCUUGGUUUGUGCUGUCCGCUGACAGUCUGAGGUACUACAAGGACUCACUAGCUGAGGAGGCUUCACAUCUUGAAGGUGAAAUCGACCUCACAAAGUGUUUCAAUGUGUCUGAGUUCUCGGUGCAGAGGAACUACGGCUUCCAGAUCCAUACCCCAAAGGGUCUCUACACUUUGUCAGCCAUGACUUCAGGGAUACGUAAGAACUGGAUCCAGGCUCUGAUGAAAAACGUCCGUCCAGCUAAAGCCCCUGAUGUAGCCAGUUUACACAGUCCACUUGAAGCUCUCCCCAAACCAGAUGUGACUCAGGACUCUCUGCCCACUGACAUCUCCUUAGAGAGAGACCCUCACCCAAAACACAGCAGUGUGAUGGAGAGACGGAGGGAGGGACGCAACAAAACCUUCGACUGGGCCGAGUUCAGGUCUCAGAACAAACCCGCCCUGGACCAUCAGAGGACUAAAGCUCUGUGCCCGCUGGAGUUAGGAGAACUGGAGAGGAGGAAGAGGAGGGAGGAGCGGAGGAGGAAGUACGAGAGCAUGCUGGGCUUCCCUCUGGGAUGGGAGGCGAUUGGAGAUAAAACAACUGAUGGAUCACUGAGUCUGAAAUCACAGCAGAAAUUGGAGGAAGAGAUCGACGAGUGCUGGAAGCAGGUGGAGAAGACGAUGUUCAGAAUGGACAGGAGUAUCCCGCUGUUUCCUGAAACUGAAGAACCUGUGGAGCUGCUGGACAGCUACAGGACGGGGAUGGAGGAUCUGCAGGCCCAGCUGGCAGAGUCCGAGUGUCGCAGACUGGAGAUGGAGGCUCAGCUGACUGCAGCAGGAAGUUAUCAGCAGCAGCUGGACCCUCCUCUAACUCCUGAAUCGGUUUUCUCCCCAUCGGACAUAAAUGUAAAGACACUAAACGGAUAUGCACAGACCCUGAAGGAUGUGUGCACAGAAAGCAGAGAACAGCAGAGCAUCAUCAGCAUGCAGGAGCAGCUCAGCUUUGUCCCGCCUUCAUUAAAUCCUCAAGCCCCCAGCAUCUGGCUGCAUGACGCAGAGGGCAACUUCACAGACCUGGGGGAUUUUCUUCCUGAGACAGAGGACACACCUGUUUUACUAUCACCUGCAUCAGAUAGCGAAUACUCAUUUUCUCAGAGUGACGGACAAACCGAUUUAAACGUUGCGACAUUGAACCACCAGAAUCAGCUGGACAGAAGUGAGCAGGCUCCCAGUGCAGAAACACAAAUAAAAAACAGUGAAUCAUUGGUUCUGCAGACGCUGGAGGAGGGAGAUGACAAACAUCUGAACGGCUGUGUAGAGCAACACCUACCGUCAGACCCGGAGCUAGUGAGGAGGCUUUCCCAAGAGGUGGAGCUGCUCACCAGCCAGAAGGAGGCUCUGAACCAGCGCAACCAGGAGAUGCUGAACCAGCUGACAGAGGCAGACCGAGAGAUAGAGAGGCUCAAAGUGGAGCUCAGCAGCAGGUACACUGAACCCCGUCACCUCCCUGAAGUAGAGCAGCUGGGACAAACAAGGGUGGACGUUCUGGAGAUGGAGGUCAGCUCAAGAGAGCAGCAGCUCCUGGAGGCGCAGAUCUUAAUCGCCUCCCUGGAGGAGAAUCUGAGGGAGACGGAGGCCAUGCUGCAGCUGAAUUCUCCAACAGAGGGAGCUCCACAGGAGAGUAAGGGGUAUCUGCUGAGAUGUUUCGAGGCUACCGAGGCAAAGCUGACGGCGUUGGAGAAGCAGCUAGAGCAAUCAGAAGCAACCUGCAGGGAGCUCCAGAAGCAGAACGCAGAGCAGAAGGGAGCGGAGACAUACUACCGUGAAUCAGCUGCGGAGGCGAAGGCAGAGGUCAGGAGGCUGAAUGAAGAGCUGGAGAAGAAGGAGAGUUCGAAAGAUGGAGAUAAAUGUGUUUCUGGUGAAGAAAGGAUACGGCAAGUGAUAAACGGGAUGGUCAUGAGGUUGGAAGCUUUGGACAAAUUACUGGAGGUGAUCGAAAAGUUGGACUUUGGUUCGGGAAAGGAAGAAGAGCUUACAGUGGAGAGUCAGUUAAAGUGGGAGGAGCAGUUUUGGAGAUUACUGCACAACAAAGUGAAAGUACACCCCUCGGAGCUCAAAGAGGAGAAACCUGUGGAAGAGCUUCUCAGUGAGCUGACAGAACGUAUGAUGGUGGAGAAACAAAUGCUGCUGUCAGGGCAUCGUCUAUUUUCUGAGACAUGCCCAGAUGAAGGCAGGGAAAGUCUAACAAAUCUGGAUAUUAAUUGGAAUACUUCAAGUGAGAUGGAAACCGAGAAGACGGAUGAAAGUAGGAUAUUUGAUUGUACUAGCAAGCUGUAUGAGAUGGGACAUUUUAGGAGCGUCACACAGAUGAAAAUACAUUUUCUAAAUCACCUUGCAUCCUCUGUUGGCACCUCAGCACAGGACAAACUCCAGCUGACGGCUGACCUUCACUUUUCUGAGCAUCCGGUGUCUGGUUUCAUUCAAUCUGCAGCGACUGAAGCGGUACACUGCUAUCAUUUAGCCAGGCUUCACUCAAAAUACGGGAGGCAACUAGAGGAAACCAGACAGAAAUCGCUCACCUGCAGCAACUGCGUCCGCUUAAUGGAAGAAAACAGGGAGCUGAGAGAAAGAUUGUCAAACAUCGAAGCACAACAGUUGUCAACGGGGGAUACGAUAAACACAGGUUGCCAGACAGAAGACGCCUACCAACGGGAAUCAGACAUUGAGCUACAGGAAAGUAUUCCAGAUGAAAGAGGGGAAGAAGAGGAGAUGGUUGAGUGUCCAGAAAUCCCUCUUCCAUGUGCUGAAGGUCCGUUUGGAAUUGAGGAGAGAGCAGAUGAAAAUGCAGAGAGAAAGGAUGCAUCUCAUAAAGAAUCGUGUCCUGUAUGCGUGGAGUCAGAGAAAGAGGUUUUACUGCUGAGGAGAAAAGUGGAGGAGCUGGAGGAGCUGCAGGUUGUCAUGGAAGAGGAGAUGAAAGAAGAGCUUCAUGGGAAAAUGAGUUCUGUUCAGACACAACAUGAGAAGGAGUUGGAAAAACUGAAGGCCACAUGUGAGCGUGGCUUCGCCUCCAUGGAGGAGUCUCAGCUGAAGGGGGUGGAGGAGCUGCAGCAUCAACACCAACAGGAAGUGGAGCGCCUCCUGGUGGAGAGAGACAGGUUGCUGGAGGAGGAGAGCGCUGCUACUGCCACUGCAAUUGAGGCUAUCAAGAACGUCUACCAGCUGGAGUUGGAGAGGGAGGUGCAGAGGAGAUGUCGCUCAGAGAGCAGCAAAGGAAACACACACCUGGAGGACAUGUGCAGACAACACAGUGAGGAGCUGGCCUCGUACCAGCGGGAGCUGGAGGUUCUGUCCCAGCAGUUCUCUCUGAAAUGCCUGGAGAGCGGCCAUCUUGUGCAGGCCCUGGAUGCUGAGAGGAAGGCCUUGUGUCAGUGCCAGCAGGAAAACCAGGACCUGAGGACCAGGAACCAGGAGUUGAGCGGUCACCUGGCAGCAGAGAUCACCAGACUGUGUUCUCUGGCGAAGCAGGACGCUCUGCCGCUCAGUCAGGGGAUGGACCGGUACGAAAUGGAGAUAACCCUUCGGGUGAAGGAGUCUGAGGGUCAGUGUCUGAAGCAGGAGAUCACAUCUCUGAGGGAUGACCUGCAAUCAGCACAAAAGGCCAAGAGGAACGCUACCAAGAAGUACAAAGACAUGUACACGGAGCUGAGCAUCAUGAGGGCCAAAACAGAGGGAGAGAUGGACGAGCUGAGAGAAAACCUGAGACUCGCUCAUCACGCUCUGGACCAAACUUCUCCCUAAAACCAUCUGUUUUUAAAAUAGCAACAUUAGUCUUCACUGUAACAUGUGGUUUUCUUCCUGUAUUUUCACCCACAACACAUUUAUUUAAAACAAACAAACAAGUUAUUGUUUAAUACAUCCAAGAACUUUCAUCAUUCCACAAUCUUACUUAACACACCUUUUUAUUAUUAUUUUUAAAGAUGUUUAUAUUGUGUCCCUACUUUGUAUUAUGUCUGAGCAAUUAUUAACCUUUUUCACACUGAGUUUGUCAUUUAAAGUCAUUUCUGCUGCAAUGGUCCUGUGACAUGUCAUUUUAAUAUUUCCCAAAUAAUAUUAUUAAAUUUUUUUAAUUUAUGUGUAUAUGUUAUCUGUACAGCCAUAUAGUUUUUGUAACACUUUGAUCUGAAAUAUAUAUACUCUUAACCACUGCUGUCUGCCCUCAUUUAUUAUCAAUUAAAUUGAACUAAAUCUAAAGAUGUGUUGCCGGUACACUGCAAUAAUAAACAUAGAUGUUUUAUUAAUAAAUCACAAUUGCAGCA